AUGAACCGCCUUGACUACAGGCUGGAGAGGGCCUUGUCCUCCAGCUCAGCACUAGACGAUGAUGCACCAUAUUCCGGACGAGGCUCUGAGUGUUUUGACAUGGAUAUGGACGAGGAGGAGGCUCUGCGAAAGGCUGCACGCGCAGGAAUCCAACUACUCGAAGCCAACAAGGCGUUGAACGAGGAGGUAUUGGCGCUGCGCGAGCAGGUGGCAGUGUUGGAGCACGAGCGACCGAAACUACGCGCGCACCUUAAAAUGCGCGAGCAGGAACUGGCCAGUGCAACGGAAAACCGAAAAUGUUUACUCAUGGAGGCCAGCGCACUACACAAUGAGCUCAAGGCCAAGUCGAUACUUGUGACGGAUCUAUUGGAGAAAGAGGAUCUGCUCAAGCAGCAAGUCGCCAAUGCUGAGACUGCCAAAACGUUGGCAGAGAAUCAGAUUAAAGUCUUGGAAUCGGAGCUGGAACAACUUAAAACGGACACUGCCAAGGCUGAGUCUGCAGAGCAGAACUACGCUGUGACGAACCCUGCAGCGACGUACGACUCGAACCAGUCAAGUGUCUUUACGUACAUGGACUACGAGGAGCUACAGAACCGACUACACACCACGUCGGAAGAAAAUGAAGCGCAUACAUUGGAGGUCAAGAGUCUGCGCAAAGAGGUCGAAACUAUGCGUCGGAAGGUGUCGAAGCAACCAGAAUUUGUUGCACACAUCGAACGUCUUGAAAAGCGUAACGAGAAGCUGCAAAGCGCCAAUGAUACGUUGCGUGAAGAGAGAAUGGAGGAGCAAGCCGUGCUAGACAGUCUCCGCUCGAUGAACCUGGUGUACAAGAAGAUUGCCGAGUCGCGCCCAUUUGCUACUGACUGCACGUGCUCACAGCAACCGGAAGAAGCAGAUUCACUGACAUUGGGGGUCACUGUGCGUGACGUGCUCAUUGAGACGAACAUGAAGCUAGAAGCCGAGUUACGGGAGUUGCGGUCUACCAUGGACCUGCCACAUCUUUCUGAGAACGCUGAAGAAGAAGUGCUGGAACAGGCGCUUAAACGCGUGGCGAGUAAUAGCAGUAAUGGAUCGGCUGCUUCCGAGUGUAGUAGCGGCAGUGGCUCGAAGGAGACGGCGAAUGAACGACUGAGUCGCAAAUUGCAGAUCGUCAACGAGAAAUUUAAUCUUUCCAAGGAAAUGCUGCGCCACACCAAGGUGCAAUGGUGCGCAGCGAUCGCUUCUCAGAAGGCGCUGGAGGAAUGCAAUAAAUCAGCUCAAGAAGAAAUUUUUCGUCUCACACACCAGCUCGACUACCACAUUGCAGCUCUUGCUGAUGCGAAUGUGGAUGAUAAAGAGAAACAGAUUAGAGCUCUCGUGGAUGAGGAGGAGAGUAGCAAAUGGACAGAGGAGAGCGCGCCGUUCCCAGCACCACCAGGCGAUCUCAACUCGCCACUAAUCAGGCGCUUCCUGGAUCAAUGGACCACUGACAAUUUCAAAGUCAUGGCGCUUACGGACUGGCUGCAUAACUCGAUCCGAGGCACCGGUCGAGCGACACCCAUGCGGCUCGUGGAUUUAUCGAGCGAGAUAGCAGCAGGUUUUACGCAGUUGUUGGUCCCCAUUAUGCGUGAGCGGCACGGCAUUUCCGUGAGCAUCUACCGUCGUGACAGCGUACACGUAUUGUCGGACUUAGUACUGCAGACCAACCACCCCAGCGUGACGAUGCAGUCUUACUCCUCAGCUGCAUUCAGAGACAAAGUCGUACCAACGGAUCCUCAUGACCCGGACGAAAGUUGUGAGCCCGAGGUGGACUCAGCGUCAUUCCGCACUCGGGGGAGUUCUGGCGAUAGUAUAAUACUUAAAGCCGUUUCAGGAGUAACACCGUCGGGCUUGUCGGCGCUGCUCAGCCCAAGCCCGAGCGGCCCAGCAGCCCACUGGAAUGGCGAUAGCAGCGACUUGUCAACCAUCUUCCCUGCCAGCUUCUUCGAGCCUACAACUCCCGAGACUUUUUUGGAACUAAACCCGGCAGGUUUUUUCUCGCACAAUAGCAACGCAAGCAAAGGAACUUGCGUGUCCGCUGGGUUUCGUAGGAGAUCUUCGUCCCCACCGGCGAUGAAUUGCUGGCUGGAACCGUCGCGCGAGCCAUGCACAGACGAUAUUCCAUGGUCAGACUUGGUUUUCUGGCUGGGUAAUGUGUCGACAGGCGAGGUGGUGUGUUCGUGCGCACAGUGCACACGGAGAGUCAUGCGGGGGUACAACGCGAAUCUUCUCCGUCACCAGCGCUACUCGCCCUACCAGCAGCAGCAGAGACGGCGAGUCUCGUCAAGAGUACCUGUGAUCAAUAUGCCACGAAUCGAGGGGGUCAACUGA